CACCCAGAGGCCGAAUCGUCGCGGCGGCGGUGGGGAUCGCAGGUCGCUCAGGCUUGCAGAUGGGUCAGGGACUGUGGAGAGUGGCCAGAAACCAGCAGCUACAGCAAGAAAACUACAGUGAGCAAGGCUACCUCAGCAGAGAGCAGAGCAGGAGAAUGGCUGCCGGCAACAUGUCCAGCAGCAGUCAUCGUAAACAAGUCCAAGGAGGCAUUGAUAUAUACCAUCUUCUAAAGGCAAGAAAGUCGAAAGAGCAGGAAGGAUUCAUUAACUUAGAAAUGUUGCCUCCCGAGCUAAGCUUUACCAUCUUGUCCUACCUGAAUGCAACGGAUCUCUGCUUAGCCUCGUGUGUUUGGCAGGACCUCGCAAAUGAUGAACUUCUCUGGCAAGGCUUGUGUAAAUCCACUUGGGGUCACUGUUCCAUAUACGAUAAGAACCCACCUCUAGGAUUUUCUUUUAGAAAAUUGUAUAUGCAGCUGGAUGAAGGCAGUCUCACCUUUAAUGCUAAUCCAGAUGAGGGAGUGAACUACUUUAUGGCCAGGGGUAUCCUAGAAGAUUCACCAAAGGAAAUAGCAAAGUUUAUCUUCUGUACAAGAACACUAAAUUGGAAAAAACUGAGGAUCUAUCUUGAUGAAAGGAGAGAUGUCUUGGAUGACCUUGUAACCUUGCAUAAUUUUAGAAAUCAAUUCUUGCCCAAUGCACUGAGAGAAUUUUUUCGUCACAUCCAUGCCCCUGAAGAGCGUGGGGAGUAUCUUGAAACUCUAAUAACAAAGUUCUCACAUAGAUUCUGUGUUUGUAACCCUGAUUUAAUGAGAGAACUGGGCCUUAGUCCUGAUGCUGUCUAUGUGCUGUGCUACUCUUUAAUUCUACUUUCCAUUGACCUCAGUAGCCCUCAUGUGAAGAAUAAAAUGUCAAAAAGAGAAUUUAUUCGAAAUACCCGACGUGCUGCUCAGAACAUCAGUGAAGAUUUUGUGGGGCACCUUUAUGACAACAUCUACCUUAUUGGCCACGUUGCUGCGUGAGCAUCAUUGCUGGGACUUCAACUUUAACUUCAAACUCACACUACCCGAAGACUGACUUGGAGAUAUGGGGGGUCACGUCAGUGCUGCUCAGUCUAGCCUCUGUACACAAUCAAGCUUGAGUGUACAGCCUUUUCCUCUUUCCCUGCUUUCUUUUCUAGUAAUUAAUUUCCUUGGGGAACUAAAGAAUUUUGCUGAAUUUUUCUCCAUUUUUCUCAUCAUGUUUUGCACAAAGCAGAGCUACUGUCUGAUACAGCUAUUUAGGAAUGUUAAACUGACAUUGUGCUCUAAAAGACGGUAUGUGUGUUAGAUUUGCCUGAAAAACUUUAUUCGUUUCCAUUCUUUUUUAAAAUACCAUGUAAUGUGUACAUACUUAACUAAAGAGAUUUAUAAUCAUAAUUAUUUUAUUGUAAAUAUUUUGACUAAAGUCUUUCCUUUUUCUCUCAAACUGAGUUCUGAAAUUUAUUUGAAUCUGAUCUGUGGUUGUCGUCUCUGGAAAAGUUGGACAUGACUUUACAUGGAAACCAAUAUCAGCCUCUCUUUCCUUUGAACUGCGAAAGGAGUAUUAAUUUGUUACUACUGACUAUGCAAAUCUUGCAUUUACUUUUAUAAAUUAAUCACUUGACCUUUUCAUUUUUAAAACUGUAGCCAAAUCUCCAUAAGUUAUUUAAACCACUUACAAUAGCAAACUGUUAAAUCUGAGAUGUACAAAUAUAAUAAUAAAAAUGUUAUUAGAAUGCUAGUAAUAAACCUUUGGCUAUAUCUGAAAUAGUCAAACUUCAUUAUCCUCCUAAUCUUGAUAAUUUCUGAGUCUGCUGAGAAGAAAAUAUUGAGAAUGAUAGUAUGCAUUCAUUUAGUCAUUCAGUAUUUCUCAAGGGUAUACAAAAUGGACUCUUGCCUUCACAGAUCACCAGGCCAUGAACAGAAACGCUGCUUCAUGGACAGCAAACCUAUGCAGUAUGUCUUCACGAACAAUUAUGUCAUUCCAAAGUUCCCUGGACAUACUUCCAGGUGAACAGCAUCAGCAUUGGGAUGAUAAGCCAGGCGAUAGGCCGCGCAGCUGGCUCGGAGGCUUUGAGGAGUCCCAGUUCCACUAGUCCCCUCCAGACUUGGCUUUCAGUCAGUCUAGUGGCUACUACAACGGGAGUGACGUGCUCCAGACAUUGCAGAGAUAAAACAAGGCAAUCAAACAACUUUUAAAGUCAAAGGGCCUUUAGCUUGGUAGUAAUUUCUAAGUUUGUGAAAUAUCUAUUUUUUACAUGUUCAUAAUUUUGAAUUCUAUGACAGUAAUUCAAAUGAUCUUCAAAACUAAUUUACUGUGUGUUUCAAAAUACAGCGUAGUGAUAUUAAUAUGUUGAACUUUCCUUGUCAUAUGUCUCCUCUCUUUGUUGUCUUGGUUUUCUUUCUCUCCAUCUCUCUACCA